CAUUUUCUGCGAAGGUUGUUAACACAAUCGAGGAUCAGUGUUUUUUUAUUGGAGACAAUUGCGAUUUGCAAAUUACGAAAUGUUUUGUAAUUCUAUAGUGACGGGGUAAAAUUGAAUUGAUAUCGAAACACUCAAAUUCGCAGUGACCGCCUUCAUGGAACUCGACCCGAACGACGAGAAAAUACUGUUUGAAAGUCUGCCGUUGGAUCUGACGUUCAGAAACUACAGACGGAUCGAAGAUGUGGGAGUCGAAGGUGUGAGAUCGACGAGGGUUCUGGGCACCCCGAAAAAAGCCGAAAACGACAAAUAUCUCACCAGAUCGAUCUGGCUGAACAACAAUCGAAUCAAAAGUCUGGGUGGAUUCGAUGUGUUAAUCGACGCACUUUUGGUGCAUCCGCAGCAGUUGAUGUGGGUUGAUUUGAGCUUCAACUACAUACGAACCAUCGACGAAGUGUUAUUAAAGUUCCCCAAAUUGAAGAUUUUGUACUUGCACGGUAACUGCAUAACGGAUCUGGACGAGAUUUUCAAGUUGCGUGAACUGAAGGAGCUGCGCACCAUCACUUUACAAGGAAAUCCGAUAUCGAAUCUGCCCAAAUACAGGAACUACGUCAUUUCCUCUUUACCACAGAUUUUCAAUUUGGACUUUACUCCGGUAUUGAAAACCGACAAAAUGAUGCCGCUGUUGCCUGAAGUUAUUAAAAAAAUCGAACAGAGCAAAAAACAGCAAGCCAAAGCUGCAAAGGAAGCUAAAUAAUUUGUUAUCACUCUGAAAAAUUUCAGUCGAACUACGAAAAGAUCAUAUAAAUACAUUUUUAGAUUUAUUUGUUAAACCCCCCACAGAACAAUAAAAAAUUAUGGUUCCAAAAAAUAUAUUAAAUAUACAAUUCUAUGUUUUAA